UCAGAGGGAGGUGGCGAUGGUGCGCACGGUGGCGGCGACGGCCCUCGGUCGGAUGGCAGGGAAGAGAAGAUGACUGGCACAACCGACUGGCUGAAUGAAUGAAUGGGGAAGCCGAGCGCGCCAUGAGGAGCCUGCCGAGCCUGGGCGGCCUCGCCCUGUUGUGCUGCGCCGCCGCCGCCGCGGCAGCCUCGGCGGGGAAUGUCACCGGCGGCGGCGGUGCCGAGGGGCAGGUGGACGCGUCGCCCGGCCUGGGGCUGCGGGGCGAGCCCAGCUACCUCUUCCCUGAGGCGACGGCUCCCACAGCCCAGGCCCCGAGGAGCGGAGCCCCGCGCCCUACCGUCCGCCGACCCCCGGCCGCGACCUCUCCAGCCGGGUCCCCGGAGACUACCCCUCUUGGGGCGGCGACUGGACCCGCGCUGACCACCUUCCAGGCGACCACCUCUCCGGAGGUGGAUUUCAUGCCCACCACCCCUCGGGCGCCGACCAGUCACGCGCCAACCACCCUUUCGACGACCACUGGCCCGGCGCCGACCAGCCUUGUAGCGACUCCCGUCCUGGCGCCGACCGCUCCCAGGACCCCGACCCCCGACCUCCCCGGCAGCCGCAGCAACAGCAGCAGCAGCAACAGCAGCAGGAGCAGCAGCAGGAGCAGCAGCAACAGCAGCAGCAACAGUAACAGCAGCAGCAACAGCAGCAGCAGCAGCCUCCCUCCCAACCCACCUGUCACUGAGGUCCCUUCUCUGCCUCCCCCAGAGUAUGUAUGUAACUGCUCUAAGGUUGGAAGCCUGGAUGUGAAGCACUGCAACCAGACCACGGGGCAGUGUGAGUGUCAGCAAGGUUAUGAAGGUCUGCACUGCGAAACCUGCAAGGAGGGCUUUUACUUGAAUCACACUUCUGGGCUCUGCCUGCCAUGUCAUUGUAGUCCACAGGGAGCCCUCAAUAAACUCUGCAACAGUUCUGGGAAUUGCCAGUGCAGAGAGGGCGUCACCGGCUCCACAUGUAAUCAAUGCCAAGAUGGAUAUUAUGGCUUUAGUAAGGAUGGUUGCUUGCCCUGCCAGUGCAAUGAUCGGUCAGCCAGUUGUGAUGUUCUCACAGGUGUUUGUUUAAACUGCCAGGAAAAUAGCAAAGGGGAUCACUGUGAAGAAUGCAAAGAAGGAUUUUAUCUGAGUCCUCAUGCCAGUAAAGGAUGUCUUCGCUGUCCUUGUUCAGCGGUGACAUCUACAGGCCAUUGCAUCAUAGAACUGGAUCAAUUGGAACCUAAAUGUGUCCAGUGUAAAGAUGGUUAUACAGGCCAGAACUGCAAUAAGUGUGAGAAUGGCUACUACAAUUCUGACAGCAUCUGUAUACCAUGCCAAUGUCAUGGCCAUGUGGACCCAGUUCAAACCCCAAAGAUUUGUAAGCCUGAGAGUGGUGAGUGCAUCAACUGCCUCCAUAACACCACUGGGUUUCGGUGUGAGAACUGCCUAGAAGGUUAUGUUCAAGACCUCGAGAGAAAUUGCAUCAAGAAAGAAGUUAUUGUUCCAACACCUGAAGGUUCUACCAUUUUGGUUUCCAAUGCCUCUUUGACCACAUCAGUGCCCACCCCUGUUAUAAAUAUUACAUUUGCCCCUACAACCCUGCAGACUAUCUUUUCAGUAAGCUCUUCUGAAAACAGCACGUCAGCUUUAGCUGAUGUGUCAUGGACUCAAUUUAACAUCAUCAUCUUGACAGUCAUUAUCAUUGUGGUUGUACUGUUAAUGGGAUUUGUGGGAGCUGUAUAUAUGUACCGUGAGUAUCAAAACCGGAAACUCAAUGCCCCUUUUUGGACCAUCGAGCUAAAAGAAGACAAUAUCAGUUUCAGCAGCUACCAUGACAGCAUUCCCAAUGCCGAUGUGUCAGGACUGUUGGAAGAUGACGGUAAUGAAGUGGCUCCCAAUGGGCAACUGACCCUGACGACACCCAUACAUAACUACAAAGCCUAAGAAGCUAGAACUGUUCUCCUGGAUGUUAAACCACAGUGCUUUCUAAGACAGCUUUGGCCCCUGGGCUGUACAAAGCCUGGGUAGAGUGUGCUGAGAAAGGAAAGGCAAAAAUAGUGCAUCUGAAAUGUUCAGGUACAAAUUUGUAAUGCGCUUAGCCUAUCUGUCGCUCUUAGUUUCCCCAUGAAGAUCAGAAAUACUCACUGUUGUUAAGGACUUGAAGUAAAGUAUAUUUUUGUACCAAACCACAAAUAUGGAGUAUGGAAAGGCUGAACCCCACAGUGCUGCCCAAAUCCACUUUGACCUCCAAACAGACUGUUGGGGAGUGUUCACCUCACCAGUGGUACCAGGAUGAUGGAUGUGGAGGGCCAAGGACCGCUGGAAGACUUCAUCUCCAUUCCUGAAACAUAUUCCUUUUUAAAGGAGGGUCAGUGAUUCUCUUCAUUUUCCUGUACUAAAAUGUACACAUCAUUAGGGCAAAGCUGAUAUCUAGGCUAUAUCAUAGUAAACAAUCUUGAUUGUUUCUGGAAUAAAGGCAGAACAGUCCCAAGAAGAUCUUUAGAAGGGCUUGAUCUUUCCUCCUAGAAUUCUUGCUCAGUGAUGGGAUUAAAGCACAGGAUAAACUCGCAGUAGAGAGCAGAAGGCAGCAUUGGGGGUGCAGGAAGCUGAAGGUCCUCCUCAGGGGCUCAGUGUAAAUGAUAAAUUGUCUAAAAAUAAGGAGCAUUCCUGCCUCUAAAGAAAUAAGGUGUACAUAGUUAAUGUAGCAUAUCUGGUCAACAUUGUAUUUGUAUCUAUUUGUAAAAAAACAUGUCAUAUUUUAUCAUCUAGAAUUUAUUUGUACAGCAGUUAAUGGUGUUGUAAAAAGAAAUAUGGAGAUUGGUUAAAAUACUGUAAAACAGAUGGCAAUAUAGCUAGAGCUGGGACUCUGGUGAGCAUCCAUCAUUUUUAGUCCCUCUUUGGACACUGUUAAAAUUUAUAAGUGGUUGAAUAUUUCUAAUUCUUUCCUUUCUCAGCGUAAAAGUAGAGUUAUGUGCUCUUUGAUUUACUGUAGAUUCAAGCAAUAGAUUUUGAAGUCAGUAAUUGUUAAGUGGGGACAUAGGCGGCAUUCUCCAAAAUACUCACCUAAUUAGGUACUGGCCACUCUAUAUAUUUUACAUAGAUUAAUACAAAACAUAUCCUCAUUAAAAUAUUUUUUCUUGAAUGUAAAAGAUAGUCUUCCAAAGCAUAGAAAUCUUUGAGCUAAAAAAAAAAAAAAGAAAGAAAGAAAAAAAAAGCCAUCAUACCGCUUGGGAUCUCUAGUUUUCAUGCCUGUGAAAUGUUUAUAUCUUUCUCAUCUCCACUCCCAAAUAGAAAACCUCCUACAUUUGAACAUAGCUUAUCACUCACUUGCCAAGAGGUCCAUUCCAUCUCUCUGAAGUUGCUGUAGUUCUUCCAUUGUCUUCUUUCUUGCUAGAGGGUAGCUCUGUAGUUGAGGAUCUAUAGUUAGUCCUUGGUUUUACAUUCAGUUUCCCCCAAAAAAGAUCAAGUAUUCUUGUACUCAUCUAUUAUAUUGACAGAACUGUAGAUUAAGCAAGCCAAGAAAGGUGAUGAGAAGUCAAAUAUAGAUUAUUUGUUAGGAGGAAUAGCAAACUGUGACAUGGUUAGAAAAAAGUAAAAACUUCUUCCUGGAUUAGACCUAGAAAUCCAAGUUGACCCCUUGGUCUAACUCCUCAGAGAAAAACCUAAAAUUUGUCAUCCUCUAUUGGAGACCUCUAAGUUGUGCUCAGGGUUUGAUGCUGUUCUAGAGAAUGUAUAGAAAGAUAAUUUGUUUCUGGUAAUCUGAGGGUCCUUGAUCACUGCUUACAAGUGUAGACAUUAUGUUAUAUUAAAAUUACUAGCGCUUCUACUACCUUUUGUAGUUUACAGGUCAUUUUCAGUAUGUCUGUUCUUUGUUCCUCAUCAUAGACCCCUGAGGAAGUAGUUGUUCUACCCAUUUUACAGAUGAGAAGACUGAGGCAUGGAGGGCCAAAUAUAUUGUUCAAGACUGCAUGAUGUGUGUCUUUAUAGGCUCAGAAUCAAGACUUAAAACUCUGCACUACAUGUUCAUUUAACUAUACACCUAGUGCAAAGUUUGUCUAGAUAUGGGCACAGAUAGGCAGGAGGAAUAGUCUCAUCUGUGGAACUUUCUAAGUUUUUGUAACUACAAGGUACAAUUCAGGGCCACCCACCUAUGUAGAACUUUGUGAAAAGAACACAGGAGAUUUGGUAUCUGAAGCCAGUAUUCAUGAUAAGAAAACAAAGCUGCUAGUUUGUGUUUCUUUAAAGUGAACUAAUUUCUUUAGGAGGGAAAACUUUCUUUCCUUAGCAAUUGCUGCAUAGGUAUGUAUAGGCUGUGCACUGCAAAAUUCCAGGGCAUUAUGCAAAGUGGCAUACCUGCCUUUCUGCCUGAUACCCUACCCCUGAAAAAGUCAGGACUGAGUUGAAGCUGGUGAGGAAUAAGCAUUUGUUAAACAGAAGUUAACCCAAUAAAAAAAACAGUGUUGGAGUCUAAGAGCCAAAGUCAAAUAGCAUUCUGGCUGUGUAGAGAUUCCUUGAAAUAGACCUUUAAAGAAAUUACAAAAAUUGAACCACAAAGACCAUUUACCUUUACAUACUGUUUAACAGCUUCUAGGUCAUGGCCUUAAUUUUUUACAAUGGAGGAAAAAUUGAAGCCUUAAACUUUGUUUUGAGUAAUAUUGCUUAAUGACCUGGGGCUUUGUUUUUGGAAGUUAUCUUGCUCUAAAAUAGAAACCAAUGAUGAAUUCCUCUACCACGGAAAUCAGACGAGAAAACUGGUAUGAAAGACACUGCAUGGUAUUCAUUCUUCUAAAAUCCCCAUGAACUAUGGUGUCCAGCAACAGGAUCCUGUGAGUCACUUAGAAAUCCUAGUAUUAGAAGAAUUUCUGUCUAAAGAGUAGAAAUGUGGUAUUUUUAAAAAUAAGAGCAAUGUGAAUCUUAAUGAGAAAUAAAGCACAGUACUGCUGUUAAGUAAUACUUUUUAUCUUAAUUAACUUGUUUUUGUAAGCUCGUAGGCAUUUCUGACAGAUGCUGUAGGAAGUGUUGGUCAGUAUGUCUUUGUGCCCCUUCCCCCCUCCUUCAUCUCUCCACUCUACCUCUAGGGCUUUGUUAUUAAUGAAAUUUCUCCAACUUUAGAGAAAAAAAUGAUGAUAAAAACUCCUACAGACCUAGUGUAUAAUUUUCUCCAGGAAUACCUGGAUAUUAAGAGAGGAGAAUAGCAGACAUAGAAUGAAAGAAAGGUGGUUUUUUUUUUUUUUUUUUUACAGCAUUUGUGUAAGUCUCAGUUUUCCCAGGGUAACUGACUAUUAAAACAAUACUCACUGACCUACUAGCCUAUUUUUGUCAGCUGAGUGGCUUUAAGACGUUAGCCUUUCUUUUGUUGUUGUGGAAGCCGAGAGCUUAAGCAAUGGUACUUCCUUUGACAGAUUUAAUUGAAACUGGGUUAUCAGAUCAUUUGCCAUUGGUCCUAUUCUUUUUGUGGGACACGUGGUGAACAUAAUACCACUUAUACUGAAUAUUCUCUGGUUCUUACAUUUUGAGGUAUGUGAGUAGGAGUUGAAUUUCUGCCUCCCAAUAAAAUCUCUCUGAUAUAAUGCUGGGAGAAGAAAAAAGUAACACAGUAUAAUCUGUUAGAGCAAGGAAAUUCUUUCUGGUCUCAGUCACAAAGAACCUUUGAUCUGUUAUGAUCUUCUUGAUAGGGAAUUUGGGAGUUAAAAUGGGUUUGGUGUAUGUGUGUGGGGGUAAUGGAAGGUUAAUUCAUUUUUCUCUUUAUACCUGAACCAGUGACUAUGAUGGGGAAAGCAGGAAGAACACACUGAUUCAUCUGAAGAGGUCAUAUAAUCUCAAAUGGAUUAAAGGUUAUAAAUCAUUAGAACUUCAGUGGUUGAAUGAUGUCUUUUCCAAGGCAAUUGAGAAUCUUAUUACUUAUGCAUAUGCAAUAACCACAUCAGCAGCCGUAGAAUGUGAGCCCAGGGCUUCAGAUUUAAGUUAGUCUAAAGACUAACUGAUUUUAAGUGAAGUGUUAAUGCUAGGACAAGCACUCUGUAAUAAGUUAAAUUUUAGCCCAAGCAAUUAGAGAAUGUUUCUGAAACAUUAAACCUGUAUUUAUGUCACUAAAAUUCUAACACAAAUUUUAAAAACAUGUCUCAUACAUAUGCUGUACUAGGCUUCAUGAUACAUUUCUAAAUUUGUGUAUGAUUUGAAUAUAUGAAAGAAUUUAUACAAGAGUGUUAUUUAAAAUUAUUAAUAAAUGUAUAUAAUUUGUACCUAU